AUGAAGGGGUUCUUCUCCAAACCGAAGCCUGGGGUAGGUGACAGCCAUACAUCCUUACAACCCUGUCCAUUCAGCCUUGUAGCACAACAGAUGCUUCGGGCACUCCGUGAGACCAUUCAGAUUAGGACUGGCACUGACCGAGCUUUCAAUUCCCCGGCUACCGCGCCACCCGUGAAGAAAGACCUUCAGACCCCGCAGAUUUCCCCGUUAGAAAAGAGAUUACAGGACAUGGGCGCCAUUCGUGGCGAUGGGAGUGAUAAGUUUUACGGAAUGGAAAAUUAUGGGAACACAUGUUACUGCAAUUCCAUCCUACAAUGUCUCUACUACUCGGUACCAUUCCGCGAAGCCGUCAUCAACUACCCCCAGCGUACCCCGCUCGACAGCCUCGAGGCGGCGCUCGCCACGAACCUCCGAUACCAGAAUCCCAAUGCACAUCUCGAAGCUGAGGCGCUCGCUGCCAAACAGAAGGCUACCUCGCCGCCAGCUGGCCCUCCAGCCCAACAGCAGAAACCGGAGGACAAGGAUUCGCCGGAAUACAAGAAGAAGGUCGCCCUGCAGACGCUUCCGAUUCUGGAAACCAAGAACAAUGCGACCAGUUAUGGAAUGUCCGAGUCUCUUUUCACUUCGCUCAAGGAUAUAUUUGAGUCGGUGGUAGCAAGUCAGGCACGGAUCGGUAUCGUUCGCCCGCAACAGUUCCUGGACGUUUUACGGCGAGAGCACGAAAUGUUCCGGACCGCCAUGCACCAGGAUGCGCAUGAAUUCUUGAAUUUGCUCCUCAACGAAGUGGUGGCCAAUGUCGAAACCGAGGCCACGAAACAUACAGUCACGGAGAAGGCUUUGCCCCCGACAGAAAGUGCGGACUCCCUCGGAACGUUGACAGCCAGCACGGGUUCGAAGUCGCCAAAUACCACGCGCUGGGUUCAUGAGCUGUUUGAAGGAACGUUGACUUCUGAGACCAAGUGUCUUACCUGUGAAAAGGUAUCCCAGCGAGAUGAGGUGUUUUUGGACUUGUCUGUGGAUCUUGAACAGCAUUCAUCCGUUACUUCUUGUCUCCGAAAGUUCUCAGCCGAAGAGAUGCUUUGUGAGCGGAAUAAGUUCCAUUGCGACAACUGCGGAGGACUGCAAGAGGCGGAAAAGCGCAUGAAGAUCAAGCGUUUACCCCGCGUUCUUGCUUUGCAUCUGAAGCGUUUCAAAUAUACGGAGGAUUUGCAGCGACUGCAGAAAUUGUUCCAUCGCGUCGUUUACCCAUACCACCUUCGUUUGUUCAACACCACGGACGAUGCCGAGGAUCCAGACCGACUGUACGAAUUAUAUGCGGUGGUUGUCCACAUUGGCGGAGGACCAUACCACGGCCAUUAUGUUGCCAUAAUCAAGACAGAAGACCGCGGCUGGCUACUCUUCGACGACGAGCUCGUGGAACCGGUCGACAAGUCAUACGUACGGAACUUCUUUGGCGAUCGACCUGGAUUGGCGUGUGCCUACGUUCUAUUCUACCAAGAGACGACUAUCGAGGCUGUUAUGCGAGAGCAGGCGCAAGAAAAUCAAGCCUCCGCGGCUGCAGCUGAGGCGGGUGAAGCUGCAAAGGCUAAUGGAUCUCCGUUGUCCCCGGCGCUAGUCCACGCCCAAAGCGCAUCUCAGGUUCCCCCCGAGAACUCGACCCCCCUCACCCCUCUAAGCCGAAUUCCAACUGCACCCCCACUGUCUACUUACCCAGAGGAACCCUCGGAGCCUCACCCAGCGGCACGGCCGGUUCAACCGCCUCUCCCUCCAAUCCCUGACGAACCGGCUUCAGUGCUGAGCCCGAAGAAGAGCGAUCACCACCUACGGAAGGAACGUCGUGCAUUGGAAAAAGAGAAGGAAAAGAAUGAAAGAAUGCGGUUGAAAGAGCAACAUCUGCAGAAUCUAGAGCUGCAGCGGCGUGAGGCGGACGACUUGAAGAAAGCCAUCGAGGCUAGCAAGGCUGAGACCAUCGACGUCAAUGGCGAGAACGGAUCCCCACGAAAAUCAAGCGGGUUCGGCUUCCUGAAGCGAGGCAGUCGCAGUCUGAGUCAACGACUCAACAAAGAAAAAGAGCCUCGAACCUCGACAUCAGAUCUCUCGACACCACCUAUUCUCCCGGAAAUCGUCACUGAGUUACCACUCAAGGAGACAGAAGCGAUUCAGGCAGCCACCAACCCUGUCCCACCGGAGCAUUCAAUCCAUUCUCCAAUCUCCCCAAGGGAAUUCCCACCUAUCUCCAACCCCAAACAACACAAAUACUCCGUCCGGGCUCCUGAGCCCUUGGCUAAGGAUCAGACCAACCACGCAAAGCCCGUCCAUACUCCCCGCUGGAGAUCCUUCAGUUUCAAGAAAGUCUCCUAA